AUGCCAGCCACAGCUGCCGAGAAUGUCAUGGUGGGGGGACUGAACCCCGUCGAAGGCAAAGUAGUUUCAGUCCCUUCCCACGCGGCGAUUAGUGAGAAGGUCGGCAUCGAUGAAGCAGGUAUUGGCAAGGAACUGGACUCCGGAAUUCAGGCUACUCCAGUCUCGCCACACUCGCUUGAGGACGACGGCAAUGACAGCGACAAUGCCAUUAUCAUCAGCGGCGCUGACGCUUCUCGCUACCUUCUGCCGCUACGGGAUGAUUUUGAUCCCUCCCUUACCUUCCGUAGUAUGUUCUUGGCGACAUGUCUAUCAGCUUUCCAGGCUGUUAUGAGCCAGAUUUACACGUUCAAACCGACCCAAGCUACUAUAUCAGGAACAUUCAUUGUCCUCAUAGGGUAUUUCGUUGGCAAAGCAUGGACCGCCGCUCUUCCUCGUGGCGACAAACUCGAGGCUCGCUGGAGAGAGAACAACGGCCAGGGCGAUCUUCCUAUAUGGAUCAAACUUUUCAAGUUCAUCAACCCUGGGCCUUGGGGCCUUAAGGAGCAUGCGAUUUGCUCCAUCACUGCCACUUCUGCCUCUAACGCUUCUGCGAGUGUCCAAGUAUUUGCGGCACAAGAUCUAUUCUACGACUUACCGUUGAGCGCAACAACUGUCAUCUUGUCUGUAAUCUCCAUCGGUCUGUUUGGUUACGGCAUUUGCGGUGUUAUGCGCCCGAUCGCUGUCUGGCAUGUCGACGCAGUUUACUGGAGUACUCUUCCUACGGUCAAGACUCUUCAAGGUCUUCACUGGCAAGACCUGAAGAAUUCCAAGCCUCUGCGAUGGUUCUGGUACAGUUUUGUUGGAAUGUUCAUUUACGAGUUCUUUCCUGCCUAUAUAUUCCCAUGGCUGAACUCGGUUUCGAUCCCUUGUCUAGCUGCAAUGAAUGCUACAGGCAGUAAGGCUGCGGUGCUCACCAACUUAUUUGGAGGCGCAACUAACAACGAGGGCCUGGGAUUGUUCACUCUAUCCUUCGAUUGGCAAUAUAUAACCUCAUUCAACACAUCUCUCCCCCUUGUCUUACAAGCUCACUCAGCUGUUGGGUUCCUUAUUUGCUUCCUUGCUAUGAUUGGAAUAUAUUAUACCAAUGCGUGGGAUGCAAAGUCCCAGCCUUUUAUGUCGACGCAGUUGAGGUCUGAGGACGGUUCGAAAUAUCCCAUCACCAAAGUAUUCACUGGUGGCAUCCUCAACAAAGAAGCACUUGCCCAGUACGGCAUUCCCAGUCUUACAGGAAGCUUCGCGUAUGCAAUGUUUAUGGCCAAUGCUGCUAUUGGCGCCCUAGUAGCUCACUGCUUCCUCUUUUGGGGCGGAGACGUGAAGCAGGCUUAUCAGAGUGCAAAGAGCGGAAGAUAUGAUGAUCGCCACCAUGAGCACAUGACGAAACACUAUAAGGAAACGCCGUGGUGGUGGUAUGUCAUUGUGCUUGUUCUCAGCUUUAUCCUUGGCCUUGUUGUUGUCUGCACUCAGAACGUUACGUUGCCUGCAUGGGCAUACGUUGUUUCGCUCCUGCUCGGAAUCUUUAUUGCACCGUUGAGCACAAUCCUAUAUUCUCGUUUUGGAAACGGUAUUGCCACGAAUAACUUAUCGAAGAUGCUGGCGGGUCUCAUAAUUCCUGAGCGCCCUAUCGGCAACAUGUAUUUCGCUGCCUGGUCACACAACGUCAUCUCGAACGCUGUCAAUCUGUCCAAUGAUCUGAAGAUGGGAGAAUAUCUGAAAAUCCCUCCUAGAGUCAUGUUCCUGACGCAGGUGUAUGGGACAAUUCUAGGUGGAUUCAUCAACUAUGCUGUCAUGAUUUCCAUCGUCAAUGGGAAUCGUGAGCUGCUUGUGAACAGCAACGGUGAUAGCUCUUGGAGUGGUGCAUAUAUGCAGUCAUACAACACCAAUGCCACUUCUUGGGCGCUUGCCAAGUAUCUUUACAAGACUGGUGGCAAAUACUCACUCGUGCCCAUUGGCCUAGGCGUCGGUUUCGGUAUUGUCAUCGUCCAUCGUAUUAUCGCAUAUUUCGUUCCUAAAAUCCGCGGAUAUUCUCUGGCGGAUCUCAACAUGCCCCAGCUCAUCCAAUACGCGGGCUACAUUCCUUACAAUCAAUCGCAAACUUGCGUAAUCUUCAGCCAACUUAUCGCUGGCUUCUUUGUCCAGUUCUUCCUCCGCAACUACCGACCCCGUAUCUUCAAAGACUAUUCAUACUUGAUCACUGGUGCAUUUGAUGGUGCCAGUCUUACUGCUCUAUUCAUACUAUCUUUUGCUGUCUUUGGGGCUGGCGGUCCAUCUGUUCCUUUUCCCACUUGGUGGGGCAACAAUGUUGACGGAAACUAUGAUCAUUGCCCAGUUGCUGAGUAG